AUGGAAAACAGCAGCCGCCUACUCUCGCUGGUGUCGACGCUGUGCUGGAUCGUGGCGCUUCUGCCGCAGCAAUGGCACAACUACUGCAGAAAGUCUGUCGACGGGUUGUCCCCGUAUUUGUUGAUCUUGUGGCUUCUGGGCGACUCGUUCAACCUCGUAGGGUGUGUGCUCACGGAGCAACUCCCGUUCCAGACGUACCUCUCGGCGUACUUUGUUCUCAAUGACGUGAUUCUCGACUUCCAGUACUACUACUACCGCGGUCGGCGGCCCGACGCCGGGUCGUCCGUGGAGCUGCUUGCCGAUGACGGCUACACGUCGACGGUGUCGUCGUCAUCGGUGGCAUCGCACGUGCCCGUGCUCACUAAGACGCAGGUGGUCACUACCGCAACGGCGUUGUUGUCUGCGUCGCCGGUGGCUGCUGUGCCGCUGCAAGCGUCGGCGCUGUCUGCGGCAUUCGAUGGAGAGGCGGUGGGGAUGGUCUUUGCGUGGUUGUGCACCCUCCUCUACUGCUCGUCCCGACUUCCGCAGCUCUACCACAACUACCUGAGGAAGUCGGUUGAGGGCGUGUCACCGUUGUUGUUCACGUUUGCCGUGCUUGCCAAUCUGACGUACGCGUUGUCCAUCCUUCUGGCAGACCCGCCGCACGGGAUGACGUAUCGGGGGUUCAUCUGGAACGAGACCCCAUACUUGCUAGGCUCCUUGGGGACGGUCUGGUUCGACGGCCUGUACUUCUGGCAAAGAGAAAUCUACAGAGAGAUCUGA